ACCAAUUGGGCCUCCGGUGCCCCCCCCCCCGCCAGGGCGGGGAGGAGGAGGACGGACGGACAGGGCCAGCCUACUGUCCGCCUGCCGCCCGCCGUGGCGUGAAGGAGUUCCUGUGUGCCCACGGUCACCACUGCCCCACCUGGGCUGCCGGAGCCUUCCCUCGGACCCCUGGUGCCCACUGUCCACCCUCAUCCGGCGUGAGAGCUGUCCUUCCGCUCCGCGGACGCCGCGGGCAUGGACUAUUCGUACGACGAGGACCUGGAUGAGCUGUGCCCCGUGUGUGGGGACAAAGUGUCCGGCUACCACUACGGGCUGCUCACAUGCGAGAGCUGCAAGGGCUUCUUCAAGCGCACGGUGCAGAACAACAAGCACUACACGUGCACCGAGAGCCAGAGCUGCAAGAUCGACAAGACGCAGCGCAAGCGCUGUCCCUUCUGCCGCUUCCAGAAGUGCCUGACCGUGGGGAUGCGCCUGGAAGCUGUGCGUGCUGACCGAAUGCGGGGUGGCCGGAACAAGUUUGGGCCCAUGUACAAACGAGACCGUGCCCUGAAGCAGCAGAAGAAGGCACAGAUUCGAGCCAAUGGCUUCAAGCUGGAGACAGGACCCCCGAUGGGGGUGCCUCCCCCACCCCCUCCGCCGCCGGACUACAUGCUGCCCCCUGGCCUGCAAGCGCCUGAGCCCAAGGGCCUGGCCUCUGGUCCACCUGCUGGGCCACUGGGCGACUUUGGGGCUCCAGCACUGCCCAUGGCCAUGCCCGGUGCCCACGGGCCACUGGCUGGCUACCUCUAUCCCACCUUCCCUGGCCGUGCCAUCAAGUCUGAGUACCCAGAGCCCUAUGCCAGUCCCCCGCAACCUGGGCCACCCUAUGGCUACCCAGAGCCCUUCUCCGGAGGGCCUGGUGUGCCCGAGCUCAUCCUACAGCUGCUGCAGCUGGAGCCAGAAGAGGACCAGGUGCGGGCUCGCAUUGUGGGCUGCCUGCAGGAACCGGCCAAAGGCCGCCCUGACCAGCCCGCGCCCUUCAGCCUUCUGUGCAGGAUGGCUGACCAGACCUUCAUCUCCAUCGUGGACUGGGCACGCAGGUGCAUGGUCUUCAAGGAGCUGGAGGUGGCCGACCAGAUGACGCUGCUGCAGAACUGCUGGAGCGAGCUGCUGGUAUUCGACCACAUCUACCGCCAGAUCCAACACGGCAAGGAGGGCAGCAUCCUGCUGGUCACCGGGCAGGAGGUGGAGCUGAGCACGGUGGCCGCCCAGGCGGGGUCCCUGCUGCACAGCCUGGUCCUGCGGGCGCAGGAGCUGGUCCUGCAGCUGCACGCGCUGCAGCUCGACCGCCAGGAGUUCGUCUGCCUCAAAUUCCUCAUCCUCUUCAGCCUCGAUGUGAAGUUCCUGAAUAACCACAGCCUGGUGAAGGACGCUCAGGAGAAGGCCAACGCCGCCUUGCUCGAUUACACCCUGUGCCACUACCCGCACUGCGGGGACAAGUUCCAGCAGCUGCUGCUGUGCCUGGUGGAGGUGCGGGCGCUGAGCAUGCAGGCCAAGGAGUACCUGUACCACAAGCACCUGGGCAAUGAGAUGCCGCGUAACAACCUGCUCAUCGAGAUGCUGCAGGCCAAGCAGACCUGAGCCUGGGCUGGGCGGGGCCGGGGCGGGGCCGGGCAGGUGGGCGGGGCCGCAGCCGCCCCCCAAGGCCCUCCAGGGGACUGAGUUUAU